AUGAGCCAAGAAGCCAAGAAGCCGGCCCAGAGGCGCCUCAAGCUGCCACAAGGCUACGAGCCGCCCAACAAGCGCCGCCAGUCGCUGCUGACCGCCUUCGUCACCUCAUCUCCCAAGCGCGAACAGGAUGCAGCCGCCGCUGCCGACGAUGAGACCGGCAGCAGCCAGUCAGCGGUGCUCGCCACCCCUCCCCGCCCCCCUCGCCGCUCGCCGCGCAGCCAGAAGGCCAAGGCCGUGCCGGCCGCGUCGCCUGCGGUCAGCACCAGGAAGCGGACCGCCGCCGCCGCAAAGAAGAAGACGACGACGAGCUCUAAGAAGGCUGCAACCACAGCUCGCGGUGGCAAGAGGAAGAAGAUGGAAGAAGAAGACGACGAAGAAGAAGAGGUGGAAGAAGUGGAAGACGAUGACGAUGACGAUGAUGAUGACGCGGAAGACGACUUUGUGCCGGACGAGGAUGAAGAGGAGCCGCCGGAGGAAGCUGACGAAGACGGUGGCGACGAGGGUGAUGGGGACGAGGACGAGCCCAAGGCAGGCAAGGGCAAGAAGAAGCGAACGGCGAACAACAAGGCCUCGGCCGCCAAGACAAAGAAGGCGCCGGCGGUGGCCACCAGGGCGGCCAAGCGGCGGAAGAUCGCGGUCGCGUCUGAUGGCGACGAGACCGGCGGCGGUGGCGAGAUGGACAUCGAAGAAGAAGCAAAGAAGAAGUCGAAGUCGACAACGCCGGCGGCGAAGACGAAGACACAGGCGAAGAAGGCGGCAUCGUCCAGCGCCACCAGCGGGAAGAAGAGGGCGCGCGAUGAAGACGAAGACGACGAAGCCGAAAUGGAGGUGGAAGCGGAAGAUGAUGAUGAAGAAGAGGCAAACGACGGCGCUGAUCUGAUGAGCAUCGCCGGUGGUGCCGAGAAGCUGGCGUCGGGCGAACUGGUCUUCGCCUCCGACCCCAAGUUCGUGAAGAAGCUGAAUGCGGUCGGCAGUGCGCUGCAGACCAGUCCCACCAAGUCGCCGUCCAAGUCGAGGGCAGCCGCUGCGGCGGGCAAGUCCGGCGGCGUCAAGUACACCCCGCUCGAGCAGCAGUUCGUGGCCGUCAAGGAGAAGAAUCCCGACGUGCUGCUCAUCGUCGAGUGUGGCUACCGCUGCCGAUUCUUCGGCGAGGACGCCGAGAUUGCAUCCAAGGUGCUGCACAUCGCGUGCUUCCAGGCGCACAAUUUCAUGAACGCCAGCAUCCCCACCAACCGGCUGCACAUUCACACCAAGCACCAAGGCUACAAGGUGGGGUUGGUCAAGCAGACCGAAACGGCAGCGAUCAAGGCGGCCGGCGCCACCAAGUCGGGACCGUUCGCCCGCGAGCUGAGUGCCAUCUACACCAAGGCCACCUACAUCCCCGAAGACGUCGAGACGAUUGCCACCGUGGGCGGCACGGCCUCGAGUCCCAACUACCUCAUGUGCCUGUACGAACAGCUCAACGAGGACAACACCGACAGCGUUCACUUCAGCAUUUUGGCCAUCCAACUGUCGACCGGCGACAUUGUCUACGACGACUUUGACGACGAUUUCGCGCGCGAGGCGCUGGAGACGCGUAUCCUGCACCUGCAGCCGGCCGAGCUUAUCCUCCAGCAGACGCUCACGCCCCAGACCACCCGUCUGCUCAACCGCCUGUGUCCCUCGGAGGCCACACUUGGCAUCAACAAAACGCUGGUGGAGAACCUGGAGGACUACCUCUGGGACUACGACAGCGCGAUCGGUACCGCGAUGGAGUUCUACGCCGUGUCGCCAUCGAAGCGACCCUCGCUCCACGGUGUCAAGUUCGGUUCGGGCGAGGCUCUGCCCAACGGCGUGGUCAUUUGCCUCUCGAUGAUGAUCGGGCGGCUGGAGAAGUGUCAGCUGGAGGACGUGCUGCGCCUCACCUCCAAUUUCCGACACUUCACGCGCGCGUCGACGAUGUCUGUCUCCGGCAUCACGGCGACCAAUCUCGAAUUCUUCAACAACCAAGACAACGGACAUUACAAGGGCAGCCUCUAUUGGCUGAUGAACCACACCCAAACGGCAUUCGGCGCUCGAUUGCUGCGCAAGUGGCUCCAGCAGCCCCUGCUCGAGAAAAAGUUCAUCGACGAGCGUCUGGACGCUGUGGCGGAGCUCAUGGAGACUUCAGCUCCGGCCAUCAAGUUGAUGUUGGACGUCGUGAAGGCGCUGCCCGAUCUGGAGCGCGGUCUUGUCCAGUGUCACUACAAGCGAUGCUCACCGCAAGCCUUCCUGUCGCUCCUUCAGUCCUUCAAGAAGGUAUCCAAAUGCGCGCCACCGCGGGCGGCGCUCGAGCAGCAGGUCAAGUCAACGCUGCUGAGGUCGCUAUUGCACUACCCGGACAUGUGCGACGACGUGGACUACUUCCUCAACGCCAUGUCCACCAAGGCCGCGCAGACAGGCAAAAAGCGAAAGCUCUUCGUCGACUCGGAUCAGUUCCCCGAAGUCGCCAAGUACCACUCGGAGAUUGAGAACGUCAAGAAGAAGCUGCACGAUCACUUGGCCGAAGUGCGAGACGAGCUCAACAUGCCCAGUCUCGACUACGUGACCAGGAGCAACGCCAAGUAUUUGAUCGAGCUGACCCUCGCGAAAGCCAAGUCGAUCCCCAAGGACUGGGUGUUGGUCAACGGUACUACGAAGUUGGGGCGGUACCAGACGCCCAAGAUCGUAGGCCUCAUGCAGAAGAUGGCCCUCAACAAGGAGAAGCUCACCAUCGCCGCCGAACAGGCCUGGGACGCCUUCCUUGGAGAGUUCAAGGCUAAGUACGACGUGUUCCACGAGGUGAUGCGAAAGCUGGGCGCCCUGGACUGUCUCGACUCGCUGGCCGCCCUGGCCAAGGGCAGGCCCGGCUACGUCCGACCGAUCAUCUGCGAUGACGAGCACCGAAAGUUGGAGAUUGUGGACGGGCGCCAUCCGGUGGUGGAGGCCCUGAUGACGGAUCCGUUCGUGCCCAAUGCUAUCUCCAUGCGCAGCGACGCCCAACGUUGCAUGGUCCUCACGGGACCCAACAUGGGCGGCAAGACCUCCUACAUCAAACAGGUAGCGUUGAUCGUGGCGAUGGCACAGAUCGGCUCGUUCGUACCCGCCGAGUCCGCCUGCUUGUCGCCCGUUGAUGCCAUCCACACCCGCAUGGGCGCAUCCGACAACCUCGAACGGGGCCAGAGUACGUUCUAUGUGGAACUGCAGGAGACGUCGAGCAUUCUCCAGAAGGCGACGGACCGCUCGCUCGUCAUUCUGGACGAACUGGGCCGCGGCACCUCCACCCACGACGGAGUCGCGAUUGCCUACGCCACGCUGGACCACACCAUCCGGAGCAUCAGGUGCUUCACCAUAUUCGUAACCCACUACCCGCUACUCGCGCAGUUGGAGGAGGUGUACCCGAGCGUGGUGGGCAACUACCACAUGGCCUUCAUGGAGCACGAGAAGGAGCGAAAGGAGGACGACCCCAGCACCACGAUCACCUUCCUGUACAAGCUCACUGAGGGCGCGGCCAAGAAGAGCUACGGCCUCAAUUUGCCGAGCGAGGUAAUCGCUGUGGCGUCGAAGAAGUCGCAUGAGCUUGAGGAGAGCGUGAAGCAGAAGGCCGAGCGGAGGAACAACACCGCCGUACAGAAGCUGAAGGACCUCUACCGCGCCCUCUCCGCCCUCAAGGCCACCGAGGAUGGUGGCGGUGAUGGUCAGCAGCAGCAGCAGCAGGAGCCAGGUCAUGAAGAAGGCAUGAAGGAGGAAGUUGAUGAAGCCACCAUCAUCAACAACAGCAACAGCUGGCACACCAAGAUGGCACAGAUCAGCAGCCUGCUGGGGCUUUGUAAGUCCCAAGCCACGUAA